GAAGAAGAAGAAGAAGAAAAACCUUCUUCUGUCGUUCAUAAGCAUCGUCCUCUCUCAUUAUAUGGAGACGGAGGUCAGGAAUCAGAAUCAAAGUGGAUGUAAGGCUCUGGAACCGGAGGUUUUCAUACAGUGGGUAAAGAGGAAGCGACUGCGAUGUGCUAGAAUCAAAGACCCAGAAAUCUCCGAGAGAUUGUGCGGCGGCCUACGGAAGAAAAUCGGAUCUCGGGGCGAUCGCUGUGUGGUUUCUACUUCGGAUAAAGAAAGGACCCCACUCCAGCCAAAUCGGUUAACUAGGAAUUCUGAAGGCGUUGCUACACUGCGUAACGGUGGUGCAGGCACAGCGCCGUCGCCAGAGAAGGAGGAUCGUUACUACGCCACCAGAGGAUCCACCGCAGCAGUGGUGGACGAGAACGGGCACGAGGAGAGAGGAGGUUGCUAUGUUUGGCCAAAGCUGUUGAUUGCUCUGUCAAGCAAAGAAAAGGAAGAGGACUUCAUGGCCAUGAAGGGGUGCAAGCUCCCAAUAAGACCCAAAAAGAGAGCAAAGAUGAUUCAGAGAAGCUUACUCCUGGUGAGCCCUGGAGCAUGGCUGACUGAAAUGAGCCAAGAGAGAUAUGAAGUAAUGGAAAAGAAGACCACAAAGAAGAGACCAACAGGGUUGAAAGCCAUGGGAAGCAUGGAAACUGAUUCAGAAUAAGGAAGCAAAUGGGAAGCCGCUGACACUGAAGGGAAUGAACUGACCCUUUUAUGUUCUAUUUUUUUGCAACGCAGAAUUUGAAUGAAGAAGAGAAAGAGAGAAUCUCAAUCUCAUCAUCAGCAUCCUCUGCUCUGCUCUGCUCUGUUCUUUGGUAUUGUGGUGUGAGCACAGCCGCAAAAGAGAUGAAUUCUUAUUUUUGUGUAUAAAAUGUAAUGUAAAAAAAUAUAUAUAUUUUUAGUGGAAGGUCGAUUUUAAAUAGGAUUUUGUAUUGUAUAGGUCUAUUAAUUCACCUAUUUAAAUAUAAAUUUGAAUUUGAUAA